AUGCACACGGUCAAACCGCAUUAUGGUGUUUCAGAAACCUCAAAUCGCGCACAGAAGACAGAUCUCCGACUUGGACUUCAGGGUGUCCAAAUUCAUUCCAAGGAGACUUCGAUAUGCCAGCUCGCAUUGGCUGUUCCAUUUGGCCGGGACAGACAACAACUGGCAACGAAACUCAAGAGAGAACUGGAACAGAUUAUAGAGGGGUCGUAUGUGCUAUACUGGGCGGAGGUUCUGAGCCUUAUUGGAGGAGUGCCACGAGCGAUAGCAGGACUUCGAGCUGCUACAAGCCACAUAGGAAUUAAAAAGGAGAACAAGAACAGGAUGACGGAAAUUCGACGAUUUCUAAUGGCAUUUUCGGUGGCGAUCCAGGACAGUGCUGCACACAUAUAUGUCUCGGCACUUGCAUUUACUCCCAGGAAGUCAACACUGCAUAGGGAGAGGGCAGAAAAAUAUAGGAAUACUCUGAGUGUUAUCCGGGGGGUAGAAGAGACAUAUCUGGACCUCCCCCGAACUCUCCGAGGUCACGAAGGAGGGGUCUGGGCCAUCAGAUUCUCGCCAGACGGCGCACGAAUCGUCUCUGGCUCGGAUGACAAGACGGUUCGACUGUGGGACACAGACACUGGUCAGCCAUUGGGAGAGCCACUUCGAGGUCACGAAGGAGUGGUCUGGGCCGUCGGAUUCUCGCCAGAUGGCUCACGAAUCAUCUCUAGCUCGGAUGACGCGACGAUUCGACUGUGGGACGCAGACACUGGUCAGCCAUUGGGAGAGCCACUUCUAGGUCACGAAGGACCUGUCUACGCCGUCGGAUUCUCGCCAGACGGCUCACGAAUCGUCUCUGGCUCGGAUGACGCGACGAUUCGACUUUGGGACGCAGACACUGGUCAGCCAUUGGGAGAGCCACUUCGAGGUCAUGAAGGAUGGGUGCGAGCCGUCGGAUUCUCGCCAGAUGGCUCACGAAUCGUCUCUGGCUCAGAUGACUCGACGAUUCGACUGUGGGACGCAGACACUGGUCAGCCAUUGGGAGAGCCACUUCGAGGUCACGAACGAGGGGUCAACGCCGUCGGAUUCUCGCCAGACGGCUCACGAAUCGUCUCUGGCUCGGAUGACAAGACGAUUCGACUGUGGGACGUAGACACUGGUCAGUCAUUGGGAGAGCCACUUCGAGGUCACGAAGAAUCCGUCUUGACCGUCGGAUUCUCGCCAGACGGCUCACGAAUCGUCUCUGGCUCUUCUGACAAGACGAUUCGACUGUGGGACACAGACACUGGUCAGCCAUUGGGAGAGCCACUUCGAGGUCACGAAGGAAUGGUCUGGGCCGUCGGAUUCUCGCCAGACGGCUCACGAAUCGUCUCUGGCUCAGAUGACUCGACGAUUCGACUGUGGGACGCAGACUCUGGUCAGCCAUUGGGAGAGCCACUUCGAGGUCACCAAGGACCUGUCUACGCCGUCGGAUUCUCGCCAGACGGCUCACGAAUCGUCUCUGGCUCUUUUGACUGGACGAUUCGACUGUGGGACGCAGACACUGGUCAGCCAUUGGGAGAGCCACUUCGAGGUCACCAAGGACCUGUCUACGCCGUCGGAUUCUCGCCAGACGGCUCACGAAUCAUCUCUGGCUCGGAUGACAAGAUGAUUCGACUGUGGGACGCAGACACUGGUCAGCCAUUGGGAGAGCCACUUCGAGGUCACGAGGGACCUAUCUACGCCGUCGGAUUCUCGCCAGAUGGCUCACGAAUCGUCUCUGGCUCGGACGACUCGACGAUUCGACUGUGGGACGCAGACACUGGUCAGCCAUUGGGAGAGCCACUUCGAGGUCACGAAGGAGUGGUCUGGGCCGUCGGAUUCUCGCCAGACGGCUCACGAAUCGUCUCUGGCUCUUCUGACUCGACGAUUCGACUGUGGAACGCAGACACUGGUCAGCCAUUGGGAGAGCCACUUCGAGGUCACGAACGAUGGGUCUGGGCCGUCGGAUUCUCGCCAGACGGCUUACGAAUCGUCUCUGGCUCGGAUGACAAGACGAUUAGACUGUGGGAUGCAGACACUGGUCAACUGUUGGGAGAGGCACCUCCAGGUCAACAAAUGCACAUGGUGAAUGAGGUUACAAUAUCCUCAGAUGGCUCCCAGAGGGUCUCUGGCUCGCAUGACGGAACAGUUAGUGUAUGGGAUGUGCAUACUGGUGCAAGUCCACAUAGCCCCAAUAUUGAUGACCCCAAGUCACCAUCUCCCACUCUCAUCGAAUCACCAAAUGCUGUUCCCCUACCAAUACAGAUACCCGGGUUCAAGCGAUGUCUACUGUUGCACGAUGGCUGGGUGCAAUCAUCUGGCAACUUUCUGUUCUGGGUACCCCCGGAAAAUCGUUAUGGACUUCAAAAUCAGAAUCUUCGUCUGACUAUGCCAACGUCGAGUCCAAAGCGGGCCACCAAACUCGAUUUCACCCAUUUUCAAUGUGGCCUCUCCUGGACAAAUGUUCGAAAUAGUAUCGGCAAGUGA